AGUUUCGCUCCCAUAAAAUCUCUACUCUAAUUUACCAAUUGUGAAUGGAGUGAUAGUGAUAAAAUAUUUCACUCAUUUGAAGAGUUCUUGCAAAUGAGUAGCCUAAAAAACACCUUACUUUGCAUUGUUAUAAUCUGUAACUGACUUGCAAACCUUUUCUUAAUUCACCUUACCUCUUUUUUUGUUUUUCAAAGUGAGUUGGGCAGUUAAAAAAGCCUAUAUGAGUAAGUUAGGAUUUAAGAUGGAGAUGAUAUAUUAAAGAUGUGAUUCGAAGCAAAGUUAAAUGAAUUGUUCUUGAGAGGAAAUAUAUAAUAUAAAAAUCUCAGUAGUCCGUGCACAAAUGUAGAUACUUUUAGCAACCGAUUCCCAACCGUCAGUCGAAGCACAUUAGAAACCCAAAAUUCUCCGUGCACUUUUCGGUCAGCGUUUUUGUUUCUUUAGCUCAAGAAUAUCCGUAUCGGAAUCCCAGUUGAGAGGAGACCAUGUCGAAGGCGCAGCAACUGAUGGCCAGGGACCAAUUGGCGGCCGUUUCGCAGGAGGAGGCGCGUCGCAAGCGCGCCGAGAUGCGUCGUAGUUAUGGCAACAAGUUCUCCAGCAUAAAUCUGAACAGGAUGCGGCAGAAGCAGAGUGCCAGCAGCAAUUCGGUUGGGACCUACAAGAAUGUGCCAGUGGAAGCGCCGCCAAAGGAUAAGGAUGAAUCGCUGCGACGGAUUGCCUCGAGUUUUGCCCAUGUCCGGGAUUUGGUCAAUGGCAGUUGUGCCGCCCUGCCGCCGGAGGACAGCGAGGAUGAUGCUCGCGAGGAGCGAGCCGAGGUGCUUAUUAGCAGUCAGACAAUGCCAUUGCCACCAGAGGCGUCGCCAGAUGACCCAGUUGAGAUGCCAGUUGACUGGAGCCCGAAGGAGCAGGAAGUUAUUUCGGCGAAGCCUUCAAACGAAACCCUUUCAGAGCCCAGUUCCCCGUUCAAGUUAUCCAAAAUAAUGCCCGAUCCAUUGCCGGUCGAAUCCCGGGCCUUCGAUCGUUGGCAACAGCUGGGCAGCACGGUUUCUGCCCUGUUCCGUGCUCGUCGGCACAUCAACAGCUUGGAGAGUCCGGUGGCGCAGACCCGACGACUGCGGGAGCAGCGCGAACUGCUCGAGGUCUUCACCAGACCCUUCCUAUACGAGGCCUACAAACGCGAGUAAACCUCUUCUGACCCCAUCCCAAACCAUUGAAAUUCAAAGAGAUAUUCAGCUCAUUUGUUGUCAAUUAAAUUGGAAAUUCAUUGGAAAUUGCAUCUCGUAGAUGAUGGUUACAUCUGUA